AGAAAGAGAGCAACAAAGGUGCUUUUUUUGAAAGUAUCCCUUGUCGAAUCGUCGAUGUCGAAUAAUUUUACAGUUAUUCAACAGUUCAACACGAAAAGUAUUUUUUGUAGGCUGUAAGCUCAUUCUGUGUGAAAAUUUGAAUACUAAGUAAAAUUUGAUAUUUGUUCAACUUUAAUCUUAUUAGUAAACUAUGGUUUGUACAGCUAUAAUAAAUAAUUUCAAAUUAAUAGUUCCAAUUGCGGUAGUUUUGGGAGCUUACUUAUAUCAUAUUAAAUUGAAGUUAUACUAUGAAGAUUUUUUAAAUGACACCAAUGAGGAAAAACCUGGUAUUUUUACUGCAACCAAAUUAGCACAAUUUAAUGGGGAGACACAGAGUGAUUUAUAUUUGGCAGUAUUAGGCACAGUUUUCAAUGUUACAGAAGGAAAUAGACAUUAUAAAAAGGGUGCUGCAUAUCAUUAUUUUAUAGGUAAAGAUGGGUCUAGAGCCCUUGUUACUGGUAAUUUCAAGGAUGAAACUGAUGAAAAAGAUCAUAUAAUUGACUUAUCUUGCAAUGACUUAUUCAGUCUAGUCCACUGGCGGAAUACAUUCAAGAAAAAGUAUAUGGAAGUUGGUGUCCUCAUAGGAAGAUUCUAUGACAUUGGUGGUCAAGAGACUGUUUACAUGAAGGAGUUUGUUAACAAAAUAAAACAAUGUGAAGUGGAGAAAGAAGCGUCAAGAAGAGAAGACCAGAAAUAUCCACCAUGUAAUAUUGCAUGGUCUGCUGAUGAGGGCACUAAAGUUUGGUGUACAACAUCUAGUGGUGGUGUUAAAAGGGGCUGGAUAGGAGUUCCUCGGCAACUCUUCACUCCUGGCGUAGAAAACCCUCGCUGCAUCUGCUUUAAUGAAGUAGAUGGCGAUUCUGUAGGACUUAUAAAAGAAUAUGACAACUGUCCCAAAUCUUCUACAGAAUGUUUAGUAAAAACUUGAAUGUUUUGUCCUGUUUCACAUUUCAGUAAUAUUAUUAUUUAUUGAGAAUGUUAAUCUUUAUCAUUCCAUUAGUUACUAAUAAGUAUUCCAAUAAACAUGUUUUACAAAUGUUUUCUUGAAUCUCAAUGUUUGAAUUUUAGCAUAAUAACAGCAAAUAAAAAGUCUGCCAUUACUAA